AUGGCGUUAGUGCGGUAUUUUCUUCUGACCUGUCUCAUUGCGCGCAUAAUGCUCGCCACUGCAACAUGGUUGUGUCGUAGCCAUCAUGUCUCGAAACUGGCUAACCAACUACACCGCUCAACACCUUUCGUUAAACCGUCUAUAUCAAAUCAUUCUGUUCGAUUGUUUCGCACAUUUCCAGUAGUUAAUAGUUCUAUACGUAGGCGUGUGGGGCGUAUCAAUCUAAAAUCAGGAGCUACGGAGUUUGAACAUUCCCUCAAUUUCAGUAAAACUCGAGCUUUAGUGGGUGCUGCAGCUGCAAUUAGUAUUGGUGGUCUUUGUCUUUAUGGUUUAGCUGGCAAAGAUAGUUCACUCUCAGCUUUUGAUCGUUCAGUUGCUUGGCCGGAUUACGUUAAACAGCGUAUUCGAGCGACGUAUGGCUAUUUACUAGCCAGUGCCACAAUUGCAGCUGGUUCAACUAUCGCAUUGUUUCAGUCUCCUACUAUGUGUCGUUUGAUGCUAAGUGGUGGGUGGCUUGCUCCUAUUGGAAUGGCGGUAUUGAGUAUAGCUACAGGAGUUAUUUGCCAGUCACUUACAUAUCCACAAUCGGGUCUAAGUGUUAAGCAUUUAGCAUGGGCUGCAUAUUCUGUGAGUUUAGGCGGUAUCCUGAUGCCUAUAUGCUUAGUUGGCGGACCCAUUCUUAUUCAGGCUGCUUUGUAUACUGGAGGUAUAGUGGGUUCCUUGUCAUUGGUUGCAGUGACAGCACCAUCAGACCGUUUCAUCAACUGGGGUGGUCCUUUGGCGAUUGGUUUAGGAGUUGUUUUUGUGUCAUCUGUCGGUUCCAUGUUUCUAUCUCCUGUAAGUCGUUUGGGAUCUGGUUUAGCGUCUAUCAGUCUUUAUGGCGGCCUUCUUCUGUUUUCUGGAUUCCUACUUUACGAUACACAACAUGUGAUAAGACGGGCAGAAUCUCAUCCACCUCCGAAUUUCUAUUUACCAACUAACAAAGGAUUUCAGAAUCCAGAAGCAUUAAAACCAUUUGACCCGAUCAACAAUUCCAUUCGAAUUUUAUUGGAUGCUGUGAACAUAUUUGUUCGCAUAGCAGUAAUGUUAUCUGGUGGUGGCCAACGUAAGAAAUGA